AUGGCAAGCCCGGAUUUAUUUGUAGCGAGCCUCCCAGAGCUUGUGCGGGACUCGCAACUCCAGGCGCGAUUUGAGACCGAUGGAGAGCACCGCUUUGUCGUACACACCCGCUCGUCUAGCCGCCACCUGGCGCAGGAGAAAUGGCGCAGCCAACGAAGGCUGGGCAGUGGGGGACAAGGCGCCGUUGAACUACAGAUCAAGCAGAUGACGGACUCUGGUCUGCCUCAGUUGCGAGCCGUAAAAACCCUCAACAUUCCUACCGAGUUUACUUCGUCGGUUCGGAAACUCCACCAAAGAGAGCUCGAGACGAUUGCUAAGUUCUCUCAAGCAAAGUACUCGGAUCAUUUUGUGAAGUCUUUUGGAUGGUUCACCAGUCCCGGACGCAUCCAUAUUGCGAUGGAGUACUGCGAACUGGGAGAUUUGGAAAAGUAUCUCUCCAAGUGCCCAUUACAUCGGGUGUCAGAGGCGGAAGCACAUGAUAUCUCUUCACAGAUACUUGACGCGCUGUGCAGUAUGCAUGAGGAGAAAUAUUGUCACCGAGACUUGAAACUAGCCAAUGUCUUGAUCAUGAGCACUACGCCUUCUUGGUGGAUCAAGCUGGCUGACUUCGGUCUAAGUAAGCGCGACACAACUAUGGCGCAGACAACAGCAAUUCGUGGGACGAUCAAUUAUAUGCCACCAGAGCUGCUUGGGUACACUGGCGACUCGGACUCGGCAGACCCUUAUGCAGUGGACAUGUGGUGUCUAGGACAGGUGGUCUUCAGGCUUGUUGCGGGCCAACCGAUGUUCUCGUCUCUGGGCAACUUAUCCCGAUACUGCCGCGGCGAGAUGCAAUUUCCUGAGAUGUUGCUGAGAAAAUAUGAAGAAAUUGACCAUAAUCUCGUUACUUUUAUCCAAUUACUCACUAAGCCUCAACCUGGAGAUCGAAUAUCGUCGGAGAGAGCAUCAGCGCACCCGUGGAUUAAAGCAGAAAAGCAUUAUUCUGCUCCUCGAAGCUUCGAUCCUGGGUCAAACAUACCGGCUCCCUUUGUGCAAGAUGAAGACUCUGAUCAACCAUCGGCAACUUGGAGCUCGUCAGAAACAAUUAGACCUACCAACAGGACCCCUUGGACGGCAGUGGAUAUCGCACAAGAUGAAGCUUCUGCCGAGUGGCCGUCUCAAACUACGACAAAAGUUAAUAAUACCGAAACGCGGACUGCGAUGCCAGCCGCCACCACUCCGAGCAACGUCAUUGAUGCAGAGAACUACAAGAUUGCUGCGAACCGGUUAUUCAAGGAAGGAAAACACACACAAGCCAUCGUCGAGUAUACCAAAGCCAUCGAACUAGAUCCCUCCUCAGCGCUCUACCACGGAAACAGAGCUGCGGCGUACAUUGCUACUGGCCAAUACGAAGCCGCCCUACAUGAUUGCCUGAAUGGCGUCGAAUUGAAUCCAUAUGAUUUCAAAAUUUAUCAACGCCUCUUUCGCCUUUACACAUUUAUGGGUCAGCCUGAAAAGUCGAUAGCCAUAUUCGGACGUAUCAAUCCACCCCCUCCUCCCGCAGACAUCGCCAAGACAAACAAGAUGCAGGACAGUAUUCAGAGGGCACGCAGAAUCAUCAAGGCUGGAACCGACCUGGGCCAGACUGUCCAGGCACUUGACGAGGCAGAGCUGGGUCUUGCUCCCGGUGUGGAUGUUCCCAGGAAAUGGAGGCUGUUGAGAGCGGAAGCUUGCGUGGUGAUGAACAAUCGCCAAAGCUUGAGUGAAGCCAGGAGAAUCUGCACAUCGAUGGCUCCUCCGAAUGGCGAUGUGCUGACCCUUCAUGGCCGAAUUUCAUACGCAGAAGAUGAAAUGGUAAGAGCUUUGAAGUAUUUUCGAGACGCACUUGAACGCGAUGAGACGCGGCAGGAUGUCAAGAACUGGAUCACCUUGGUGGAGAAUCUGGUUGCUCUCAAGAAAAAGGGAAACGCUUUGUUCAGCGAGGGCCGCUUGGCCGAAGCCAGGGAUGUCUACACGGAUGCCCUAGCCAUGGACGCCAGAAGCAAGCCCAUGAGCGCAAAGCUUCUCGGAAACAGAGCCCAGUGCAGCAUCAGGCUUGGGAAUUAUGAAAUGACCAUCGCUGACUGCGACGCCGCUAUCAGGCUCGACCCCAACUAUGUGAAGGUCAGGAGGACCAAAGGGACAGCUUUGCAUAAUUGUGGAAGGUCUGAGGAAGCGCUUCAAGUCUUGGAAGAGGCCCAGAGGCUUGAUCCUGAUGAUAAAAUUACGCUGCAGAAUAUCAAGGUCGUGAAGGCUGCCCUUGCGCAGAAGAGUCAGCAGCGUGGUAGUGGCAUCAACGCGGAGGAUCUCUUUGCGCAAUUCAAAAAUCAUAACAUCUCGGGGAGCACAAGUACGCCAAGUACCUCAGUCAACCCAAGCAACAAACCACCACCCCCACGCCCUGUCGACCCCAACACUACGUCCAAUCAACCAAAUAGCCAAGUUAAACAUGCCCCUGAUGGGACAUUUACGUUCUCCGAUCCCCAAGACAUUUUCGAUGAGUUUAGGCGUAGCCAAGCCAACGACCAAGGUGGGCCCAGCUCUGGUAGGCAGCCUGAUGAGAGCAAUGGACCACGAAAUCUCCCUCAAGAUUCCGGUAGACAAGGCCCCGGCGGUCGUCCUGGAAGCCCUGGCUUGAAAUUCACCAAGGCGGAAGAUAUCUUCGCGGAGUUCAUGCGUAAUCGGGGCGGAGGUUAG